CAACAGCAGCGCAGCGCCGUGCCACUCCGCAACAAUGCAGCAGCCAAAAAAAUCCCGGCGCCCAACGGCAAAAGGAAACAGCCCGUCCAAUCCAUCCAUCACCUCUCCGGACCUCUCCCCACCCCCACCCCACCCCAGUGGCUCUGCUCUCCGCUCCUCUCAUCAGCCGCACCUCACCUCGGCUUCGCUUCACAUCACAGCUCACGAAACAGGAGCGUCAUAAAGGCAUGGGCGUCGCAGGCUGGCCACAGUGACGCAGCGGCAGCAGCCCAGGAAGCAACAGCUACCGGCAUCGAUCGCGGCAGCCGAGGUGGGACGGGGAGGAAGCGGUCGCCGCAGGAGCAGAGGCAUGGGGGCCUGACUGACUGACUGAGAAGGAGAUGGCUGGAGAGUGACGGGCCCGGAGGCAUUAAUGGGUUGGUGCUCAUCCUCUUCGUCCUCACCCUCCUCUCCUCUCCGCGGGGUCGCGGCCGGUGCCGCCUUUUAACCGGCUUGUCCUGAAGGGGGGCGAGCGGCGAACCACACGGGCGCACUACCGCGGGAGGCCGGGACCGGAGCCGGAACCCUAGUGGUUGUGGGCGCCAUGGGCAUCGAUCUCAACAUGGUGGACAGCGAGGGUGAGGAGCGGCCGCCGCCGCCGCCUGUGGUAUGCCGGGAGCUGUGGCACGCGUGCGCGGGGCCCGUGGUGGCGCUGCCGCGGCGGGGCAGCUUGGUAGUGUACCUGCCGCAGGGCCACCUGGCUGCUGCCGGUGGCGGGGAUGUCGCGGUGGACCUGCCGCCGCACGUGGUGUGCCGCGUCGCGGACGUCGAGCUAUGCGCGGAUGCGGCGACGGACGAGGUGUACGUGCGGCUGGCGCUGGUGGCGGAGGGCGAGGCAUUCGAGAGAAACCUGUGUGGUGAUGGAGUUGAAGGGGAAGAUGACAUGGAGGAUUUUGAUGCUGAAAGGAAGUCCCGGAUGCUGCACAUGUUCUGCAAAACACUCACGGCCUCUGACACAAGCACGCAUGGAGGGUUCUCUGUUCCUCGUCGUGCUGCCGAGGACUGCUUCGCACCACUGGAUUACAAUCAGCUCAGGCCUUCUCAAGAGCUUGUUGCCAAGGAUUUGCACGGAGCAAACUGGAAGUUCCGCCAUAUUUAUAGGGGUCAGCCUCGUAGGCAUCUCUUAACAACUGGAUGGAGUUCAUUUGUCAAUAAAAAGAAACUGGUUUCAGGGGAUGCAGUCUUAUUUCUCCGAGGUGAUGAUGGUGAACUAAGACUGGGCGUAAGGAGAGCCAUUCAGCUUAAAAAUGAGGCCCUUUUUCAAGAUUUCAGUAGUGACAGUUCAAAGCGGCAUACAUUGUCUGCUGUAGCUGAUUCCUUGAAACAUAGAAGUGCUUUUCACAUUUCUUACAAUCCAAGAGCUACUGCUUCAGAGUAUAUUAUUCCAUAUCCGAAGUUCCUGAAGAGCCUCAACCAUUCAGUUUGCAUUGGAACGAGGAUCAACUUCCAGUGCGAGAAUGAAGAUGUUAAGGAAAGGCGGUCUGGAAUGGUCAUUGGCAUUAGUGAAGUAGACCUCAUGAAAUGGCCUGGCUCAAAGUGGAGAAGCCUGCUGGUAAGAUGGGAGGAUGGUACUAACUGCAACGGCCAAGAUAGAGUAUCUCCAUGGGAGAUCGAGGUAGUUGGUGGUUCAGUCUCUGUUGCCCAUUCUCUGUCUACAUCCAGUUCUAAAAGAACCAAGUUGUGCCCUCAGGGAAAUUUGGGCGUUCCAACUAUGUAUAUUGCAGGGAAUGGUUGUACUGACUCCGUGGAAACUGGAAAGUUACCCAGGGUCUUGCAAGGUCAAGAAUUGAUGGGUUUUAGAACUCGUCAUGUUACAUGUGCUCCUCGAACAGCUGAGGUCGCACAGUUUCAAUCUUCUGAUGCUAGGAUGUUCCUUACUAAUGCACGAAGCUGCAUGUUGAGUGGUCCAACAAGCAGACUUGUGGUGCAGAACUCCGGUGUUACCUACCAAUCUGUAGGCUUCAGUGAAUCUAUUGGAUUCUCAGAGGUCUUGCAAGGUCAAGAAAUUUCUCGGGCAGUUCCUAUGUUCCAAGGAAUGAUGUCUGAGGCAUGUUCAGUGAAAGGUGGACAUGGGCCGCAUAGUUAUAUGCAUAGGUCGGCUGCUGUGAAUGGAUUAUCAGCUGCAGCUCAAGAAUGUUCUCUCACGCUAUCUACUCCGCCAGCAGCACAAGUGCCCUCUCCCUACCCCGGUCAUAUGUUUAACCAGACAGUGGUUUCACAGCUUGGAUUGGCAAGCAAGAUUGAUGGUGAAGGUGCAAAUGGCAAUCAGCCUGGCCCAUUUGAUGUGCCGUGGGAAACUUGGACCAGGGCACAGCAUGAAGCGCCUGGUCAAAUUAACUUGGAGCAAUUCGAGACUAGAAGAGCUUCAGCACCUGGAGAUGCUGGUAAGAUUGUAUCUGGCAGAAGGGAGGUUCGCAAAACUAGCUGCAGGCUUUUUGGUUUUUCCUUGACUGAGAAGAUUUUGCCAGCGGAUGAUGAUGGUGUCAAGGAAGGGAACUAUGAGACUGAGUGCCAAAAUCCACGGAUGCUUGACUUGUUUGGGUACAACCGCUCGACCCCGAGUGCUGCUCUUCCAGCUAUCUGUGCCGCUCCCUUUGGAAUGUGAUGCUACAUUGCUGCUUCGGUAAUGAUCUGAGUACUUCAAAGUGCUUAGCAAGAAUUUUUACUUUGCCAGUACCCCGGCGUAUGCCGCAAGCUGCCAUUUGACCUCACCCUCUCUAUUGGUCUGCACAAGUCAUUUGCACAAGAAGUCAACGAAGUAUCUUUGGUGAACCACUCCUCUCCAUGCCUCACCGGGUCACCCCAGGUAUCAAGGUUCUCGUCUCAAGUUAUCUUGAUGCAGUCCAUGCAGUUUUUGUGGCUGAUACUUGAGAACCAUUGUGCAAUGAAGCCAAUAAAAGUGCCCCUAUAUGUAUUUCGCACGCAGAUACAGUGUUAUGGGAAGGUCUGUCAGCUUUGAUGUACCGUAUGUGUCCUUAACUCCUCUAUGACUUGUGUAGCUCAAUCACGAACCCUGGUUGCAGUCACCUAGGUCGUGAUUGUAUCAGUACACAAGACCAAUGCUAUGUUUUAUGCCAUGUUGCUUGUGGACCUCUA